AUGUGUGGUGACGAAAUAGCAGAGAGUAGAGAGGUUAAAGUAUCUAAGGCAGAGAUAAGGAAUAUUGAAGCAAAAGUAAUAAGGCCGGGUGAUUGGUUUUUAGGAAAAGAACGGCUAAUGAAGAGUCGCGGCAGGAAAGUGGCGGAGAAUGGUAAAGAGAAGAAAUUAAUUUGGAGAGAAGAGUGGAUAAAGAAAGCCACGGGGUUAUCGAAGGGGAAGGAGCGGCAGCAGCAGCUCCGACAAUAGAGAGAGAGGCACUGGUGGUCAAAGAAGACCAAAUUGAGGGAGUUGUGGCUACAAGACAGUGGUGUAUGAGAACUAAGGCUAGGAUUAUGCGAUGAAAUGCUCGAAGACUGAAAGAAAACUCAGUUUAUGGCCCUUCACUUAAAUAUAAAAGAAACAACAGAAAAAUAAGAGUUGUAGAAAACAGUGAAAAAAGAUUUUGGUGGUAAAGUCUACAUUUUGGAAGAAUGGUUCUACUAGAGAAGCCAGAGAAGAAAGAAGCGUUUGCUUUACAUGGUGACAAGUAUCAAAUUUUCUACAACAUCUGUUUUCCGUUUUCUCUUUCUCCAGACCUUUGUUAAAAUGUUCACCUGACAUUUAUACUAUUAUCCAAUGACUUACAAUACAAAUAUGUAAUUAAAUCACAAUCCUUUAGCUUUCCAUCAUAUCUAAUUUCUAAUGUGAUUUCGAAGAGGUUGCACUUGAUAGUUUUUUACAAAUAUUGAAAUUAUUGAUACAUAUUUUAUGUAGUCUUUCUUUUCUGCCAGGAAAUUAUUGUACUCAUUUGAAGAAAAUAAUCUUUGUAACUUAGUUUUUACUAUCGAUAUGCUUUGUUUUUAUAAUUACGUGAGAUUAUAAAUUUCAAGAAUUAUUGACAUGCACUUGAAAAUUAAAUAGUACAAUUUGAAACAAUAUUCCCUUACGAAUAAGAUUUGAUUUUACCUAACUCCUUAUAACAAGCCUCAACAUGUGCUUGUAUGAUUUCAACCCGUAAUGUUAUCACUGUAUUUAAGAAGGAAAUUCUCUCACAUUUAGACAAAACUAAGAAAAACCUUGUAUUUACAUUUACAAUGUUACUAGACAUUUGUAUAGUGUUAUAAAAAUGAAAAAUUUCAUGGUAUUAAAUUUUUCUUGAAUUUAUAUAUCUAGAAAUUGAUGGAAUUACUAUUUAUUUGUUUGACAUAUUCAGUUUAGAAGCAAUACUACACUAUUCCAUUUUAUUUGUUUCUUCUAAUUGUCCCCUGGUACA